CCUCCGUGAGGAAGAGGAGGAGAAAGAGUCUCCCGUUUGCCGCUCUCGGCGGUCCCCCGCAGGAAGAAGGAAAGGAGGAGGCGGCCAGUCCGCCUCUGCGCCCCUCGCCGGCCUGGAGCCCCCCAACCCCAACAACGCCUCCGCCGCCAUGGCCCAGAUCCUGCCCAUCCGCUUCCAGGAGCAUCUCCAGCUCCAGAACCUGGGCAUCAACCCGGCCAAUAUUGGCUUCAGCACGCUCACCAUGGAGUCGGACAAAUUCAUCUGCAUCCGGGAGAAGGUGGGCGAGCAGGCCCAGGUGGUCAUCAUCGACAUGAACGACCCCAGCAACCCCAUCCGCCGGCCCAUCUCGGCCGACAGCGCCAUCAUGAAUCCCGCCAGCAAGGUCAUUGCGCUGAAAGCCGGGAAGACCCUCCAGAUCUUCAACAUUGAGAUGAAGAGCAAGAUGAAGGCGCACACCAUGACAGAUGACGUCACCUUCUGGAAGUGGAUCUCGCUGAACACGGUGGCCCUCGUCACGGACAACGCCGUGUACCACUGGAGCAUGGAGGGGGAGUCCCAGCCCGUCAAGAUGUUUGACCGCCACUCCAGCCUGGCCGGCUGCCAGAUCAUCAACUACCGCACGGACGCCAAGCAGAAAUGGCUGCUCCUGACGGGGAUCUCGGCCCAGCAAAACCGUGUCGUCGGAGCCAUGCAGCUUUAUUCAGUCGACCGGAAAGUCUCCCAGCCCAUCGAGGGCCAUGCAGCCAGCUUUGCACAGUUCAAGAUGGAGGGCAACGCGGAAGAAUCGACCCUCUUCUGUUUUGCAGUGAGAGGCCAAGCCGGAGGCAAGUUGCAUAUCAUUGAGGUUGGCACGCCUCCCACCGGGAACCAGCCCUUCCCCAAGAAAGCCGUGGACGUCUUCUUCCCCCCUGAAGCACAGAACGACUUCCCGGUGGCCAUGCAGAUCAGUGAAAAGCACGAUGUGGUCUUCCUGAUCACCAAGUACGGUUACAUCCACCUGUAUGACCUUGAAACGGGCACCUGCAUCUACAUGAACCGCAUCAGUGGCGAGACCAUCUUUGUCACCGCCCCCCACGAAGCCACGGCCGGCAUCAUCGGAGUCAACCGGAAAGGACAAGUCCUGUCGGUGUGUGUCGAGGAGGAGAACAUCAUCCCCUACAUCACCAACGUGCUGCAGAACCCAGACCUGGCCCUGCGCAUGGCUGUCCGCAACAACUUGGCAGGGGCCGAGGAGCUCUUUGCCCGGAAGUUCAACGCCCUCUUUGCCCAGGGGAGCUACUCGGAAGCAGCCAAGGUGGCAGCCAACGCCCCCAAGGGCAUCUUGCGCACUCCGGACACCAUCCGCCGGUUCCAGAGCGUGCCAGCGCAGCCGGGCCAGACGUCUCCCCUGCUCCAGUACUUUGGGAUCCUCCUAGACCAAGGCCAGCUGAACAAAUACGAGUCCUUGGAACUCUGCAGGCCAGUCCUCCAGCAAGGGCGCAAGCAGCUCCUGGAGAAGUGGCUGAAGGAGGACAAGCUGGAGUGCUCCGAAGAACUGGGAGAUCUCGUGAAGUCCGUGGACCCCACCCUGGCUCUGAGCGUCUACCUCCGGGCGAAUGUUCCCAACAAGGUCAUCCAGUGUUUUGCCGAAACGGGACAAGUCCAGAAGAUUGUGCUCUAUGCAAAGAAGGUCGGCUACACUCCCGACUGGAUCUUCCUCCUGAGGAACGUGAUGCGGAUCAGCCCCGACCAAGGCCAGCAGUUUGCCCAGAUGCUGGUUCAGGACGAAGAGCCGCUGGCGGAUAUCACACAAAUUGUGGAUGUGUUCAUGGAAUACAACCUGAUCCAGCAGUGCACCGCCUUCCUGCUGGACGCCCUGAAGAACAACCGCCCCUCGGAGGGCCCCCUACAAACCCGCCUGCUGGAAAUGAACCUCAUGCACGCCCCUCAGGUCGCUGAUGCCAUUUUGGGAAACCAGAUGUUCACUCACUACGACCGGGCCCACAUCGCCCAGCUGUGUGAGAAAGCCGGCCUUCUCCAGAGAGCCCUGGAGCACUUCACCGACUUGUACGACAUCAAGCGGGCCGUUGUCCACACUCACCUGCUCAACCCCGAGUGGCUGGUGAACUACUUUGGCUCCCUCUCUGUGGAAGAUUCCUUGGAGUGCUUGCGGGCCAUGCUUUCUGCCAACAUCCGCCAGAACCUGCAGAUCUGUGUCCAGGUGGCCUCCAAGUACCACGAGCAGCUUUCGACGCAGUCUCUGAUCGAGCUCUUUGAGUCCUUCAAGAGCUUUGAAGGUCUCUUCUACUUCCUGGGCUCCAUCGUCAACUUCAGCCAGGACCCGGACGUGCACUUCAAGUACAUCCAAGCGGCUUGUAAGACGGGCCAGAUCAAAGAGGUGGAGAGGAUCUGCAGGGAGAGUAACUGCUACGACCCGGAGCGUGUGAAGAACUUCCUCAAGGAAGCCAAACUGACAGACCAGCUCCCGCUGAUUAUCGUGUGUGACCGCUUCGACUUUGUCCAUGACCUGGUGCUCUACUUGUACAGGAACAACCUCCAGAAAUACAUCGAGAUCUACGUGCAGAAGGUGAACCCCAGCCGCCUCCCCGUGGUCAUCGGGGGCCUGCUGGACGUCGACUGCUCGGAAGACGUCAUCAAGAACCUGAUCCUGGUGGUGAGAGGGCAGUUCUCCACAGAUGAGCUGGUGGCCGAGGUGGAGAAGAGGAACAGGCUAAAACUUCUCCUGCCAUGGCUGGAGGCCAGGAUCCAUGAGGGCUGCGAGGAGCCGGCGACGCACAACGCGCUAGCGAAAAUCUACAUCGACAGCAACAACAACCCCGAGCGGUUUCUGCGCGAGAACCCCUUCUAUGACAGCCGGGUGGUGGGGAAGUACUGCGAGAAGAGAGACCCCCACCUGGCCUGUGUGGCAUACGAACGCGGCCAGUGCGAUCUGGAGCUGAUCAACGUCUGCAAUGAGAACUCCCUCUUCAAGAGCCUCUCCCGCUACUUGGUGCGCCGCAAGGACCCCGAUCGCUGGGCCAGCGUGCUGCUGGAGAGCAACCCCUACCGGAGGCCCCUGAUUGACCAGGUGGUGCAGACGGCGCUUUCCGAGACUCAGGACCCCGAAGAAGUCUCUGUGACGGUCAAGGCUUUCAUGACGGCCGACCUUCCCAACGAACUCAUUGAGCUGCUGGAGAAGAUUGUUCUGGACAACUCGGUGUUCAGCGAGCACAGGAACCUGCAGAACCUGCUCAUCCUGACAGCCAUCAAGGCUGACCGGACCCGCGUCAUGGAGUACAUCAAUCGCCUGGAUAACUAUGACGCUCCCGACAUCGCCAACAUCGCCAUCAGCAACGAGCUCUUCGAGGAGGCUUUUGCCAUCUUCCGAAAGUUUGACGUCAACACAUCGGCAGUGCAGGUGUUGAUUGAGCACAUCGGGAACCUGGACCGGGCCUAUGAGUUUGCCGAGCGCUGCAACGAGCCGGCCGUGUGGAGCCAGCUGGCCAAAGCCCAGCUCCAGAAAGGGAUGGUCAAGGAAGCCAUCGACUCCUACAUCAAGGCGGACGAUCCCUCAUCCUACAUGGAGGUGGUUCAGGCCGCCAACUCGAGUGGGAACUGGGAGGAGCUGGUCAAGUACUUGCAGAUGGCGCGUAGGAAGGCCCGGGAGUCCUACGUGGAGACGGAGCUCAUCUUUGCCCUGGCGAAAACCAACCGCUUGGCGGAGCUGGAAGAAUUCAUCAAUGGGCCCAACAACGCCCACAUUCAGCAAGUUGGCGACCGUUGCUAUGAGGAGAAGAUGUACGAUGCCGCCAAGCUGCUCUACAACAACGUCUCCAACUUUGGCCGCUUGGCCUCCACCUUGGUUCACCUGGGCGAGUACCAAGCAGCUGUGGACGGGGCCCGGAAAGCAAACAGCACCCGCACCUGGAAGGAGGUGUGCUUCGCCUGCGUUGACGGGAAGGAGUUCCGCCUGGCCCAGAUGUGCGGCCUCCACAUUGUCGUGCACGCGGACGAGCUGGAGGAGCUGAUCAACUACUACCAGGACCGCGGCUACUUUGAGGAGCUGAUCACCAUGUUGGAAGCGGCCCUGGGGCUGGAGCGGGCCCACAUGGGGAUGUUCACCGAACUGGCCAUCCUCUACUCCAAAUUCAAGCCCCAGAAGAUGAGGGAGCACCUGGAGCUCUUCUGGUCCCGAGUCAACAUUCCGAAGGUGCUGCGGGCAGCGGAACAAGCUCACCUCUGGGCCGAGCUGGUCUUCCUGUACGACAAAUACGAAGAGUAUGACAACGCCAUCAUCACCAUGAUGAACCACCCGACCGAUGCCUGGAAGGAAGGGCAGUUCAAGGACAUCAUCACGAAGGUGGCCAACGUGGAGCUGUACUACAAAGCGAUCCAGUUCUACCUGGAGUUCAAGCCGCUCCUGCUCAACGACCUGCUGAUGGUCCUCUCCCCCCGGCUCGACCACACGCGGGCGGUCAACUUCUUCAGCAAGGUUAAACAGCUACCGCUGGUGAAGCCUUACCUGCGCUCAGUUCAGAACCACAACAACAAAGCGGUGAAUGAAUCUCUGAACAACCUCUUCAUCACGGAAGAAGACUAUCAGGCUCUCCGGACAUCGAUAGACGCCUACGACAACUUUGAUAACAUCUCCCUCGCUCAGCGCCUGGAGAAGCACGAGCUGAUUGAGUUCCGGAGAAUCGCUGCGUAUCUCUUCAAGGGCAACAACCGCUGGAAGCAGAGCGUGGAACUCUGCAAGAAAGACCGGCUCUACAAGGACGCCAUGCAAUACGCCUCGGAGUCCAAAGACACGGAGCUGGCGGAGGAGCUGCUCCAGUGGUUCCUGUUGGAGGACAAGCAGGAGUGCUUUGGCGCCUGCCUCUUCACCUGCUAUGACCUGCUGCGGCCGGACGUCGUCCUGGAGACCGCCUGGAGGCACAACAUCAUGGACUUCGCCAUGCCCUACUUCAUCCAGGUCAUGAAGGAGUACUUGAGCAAGGUGGACAAGCUGGAUGCCUCGGAAUCCCUGAGGAAAGAGGAGGAGCAAGCGACGGAGACGCAGCCUAUCGUUUAUGGUCAGCCCCAGCUGAUGUUGACGGCGGGCCCCAGCGUCCCUGUCCCCCCACAAGCACCUUUUGGCUAUGGCUACGGCGCAGCGCCUCCGUAUGGGCAACCUCAGCCUGGGUUUGGCUACACCAUGUAAGGAGCCCGGUCCUGCUGGAGCUAGCGAGUUAGCUGGCCGCGGCAGCGGUGGCAUCAUCGUGUGGCUGAAACUCUACCGUCCCUCCCACCUUGACUCGACAGGGAACAGUCUCCUGGCCUCGUAACCUUUACUCUAUGAAGGACUGUGUUCUGUUUGUUCAUCCCGCCUGCCCUCCUCCUCCUCCUCCUCCCCCCCAGCGCGAGGCCCUGGAAUCCCACUUCUGCAAAUUUUCCUUUUUUUCACAUUCCAUGUCCCCUGGGCCUCCUCUUAUCUCCUCCCCUCCGAAUGGGGAAUAGUUUUCAAUGUUCCGACUUCCCUUCCUUCCUUCCCUGCUUCUGGACAUUUGACCCGGUCUCUCUCGUGACGCCUCCAGUCUGCGCUCUGUAACAUUUAAACUCUACUAUACUGAACCUCUUUAAGUUGAGUGUCUGUGAGCCGCUUACAAAAAACACACACCAUGCACUGUCCUUCUCUCCAUUUCAUUUAAGAAGUCAAUGUGUAUUCUGAAGGGGGAGGCGAAAAGGCGGAAGAGGAGAACCCCGUGCAUUUGGAGCCGAAACACUAAUUGGCACGGCCUGGCUCUUUAAAAAACCAAAACUGCGUACAGACCGCCUUUCCUGAACUUACAAGCAACCAAACCUGGUCAAGUCCCCCCCCCCCCGUUAACCUCACCAGGUCUCCCAAUUCCUCGUAGAGUAAUUGGCCUGUGUGUGCUCCCUCCGCGUGGAAAGGAGGGCCUGCCUGUUGUGUUGUACCCUGUGCUUUCUCUGUGUGUGGGGACCAUUUUUCUUUUCCAUGGAGGGAGCACCCUGAAUCCAAUAUUUGCGUGUCUUUUGACUAACCCUGCCCUCAGGUUUGUGUCUAUUGGAUAUUGUAGUGUCGAAGAUCACUUAUUUUCCUGAGUGUACAGAAGGGAGAGAACUCAAGACGGGAUGGGCGGGGGGGGACCCCAUUGCUGUUUCAGUUUUGUUUGUGCAACUUGAUGACUCAAAACUUUAAAACAAAUAUAAUAAACGACUGGACUGUGGACAUACUCUAUAGUAGUAGUUUUUCAGUAUGUUAUCUCUCAGCUCCUUUACGGUGUACACGCUCAACGCCGAACAGCAGACAGGUGGAACUGUGCUCUUGAGCUCAAAGGGAGGGACCAGCAACUUAGCAGAAUACCAAAACUGUUCCUGUGGAGACUCUUGGCAGGCGUCUUGCACUGAAGAGACGGCGCGAGAAGCCCGUCUCGCAAGGCUCGGACGCUGUUCCAGACAGGGAGGAGGAGGAUGGACGGCACUUUGCAGCAAAACAGCGAUAGCUGGGCCAUGGACAGCAUCUUCUACCCAGGUUAAAAAAAGAAACCUCUUUAGGGUUGUAGUUUUGAGUGUUUCCAGUUUAAAUUUGACAAAAGAUCAUGUUAUAGGUAUGUUAAGUUGCCUUAAUAUAUUUAGCUUCAAAAAUAAAAUUGACUUCAAUGUUCAA